AUGGUCACUACUCUCGUUUAUGAUGAGUCUGAUUCUCUAUGGCUAUUGAUCACAUCAUUAAUUCUGCUGCAAAAUCAAACUACAUGUCUGCCGGUUAGAUUAGUGUGCCAAUUGUUUUUAGAGGACCAAAUGGUGCUAUUCCUGGUAUCGGUGCCCAACACUCCAAGGCUAUUGAUCACAUCAUUAAUUCUGCUGCAAAAUCAAACUACAUGUCUGCCGGUUAGAUUAGUGUGCCAAUUGUUUUUAGAGGACCAAAUGGUGCUAUUCCUGGUAUCGGUGCCCAACACUCCAAGGCUAUUGAUCACAUCAUUAAUUCUGCUGCAAAAUCAAACUACAUGUCUGCCGGUUAGAUUAGUGUGCCAAUUGUUUUUAGAGGACCAAAUGGUGCUAUUCCUGUGUUUUGAAGCAUGGUACAGUUCAUGUCCUGGGCUAAAAGUGUUGGCCCCUUAUUCAUCUGAAGAUGCUUGUGGACUUUUGAAAGCAACCAUCAGAGAUCCUGAUCAUGUCGUUCUCCUUAAAAAUGAGUUGUUAUAUGGUGAAUCAUUCCUUGUUUCAACAGUAGUUCUUGAUUCUCGUUUUAGCCUCCCCAUUGGGAAAACAAAGGAAUUAGAAGUUCUAAGGCUUGACAUUUAUGUAGUAAUGACUGUUGGUUUGUUGGAUUUUGAGAGAUAUGGUGAAUCAUUCCUUGUUUCAACAGUAGUUCUUGAUUCUCGUUUUAGCCUCCCCAUUGGGAAAACAAAGGUAUUUCCUCAAAAUUUCCAUGAAAUUGGGAGAAGAAAAGGAAGUCACAAUUACAAUUUUUUCAAAAAUAGUGGGCUAUGCACUUCAGGUUCGUCUGCCAACUUAUCCAUGGCGGCUGAGAUACUUGGAAAGGAAGGGAUAAGCACCAAGGUCAUAAUUUUGCGCUCAAUCAGGCCACUAAAUAGAGCGAUAUUUAAUGAUUCAGUCAAGAAAAUUGAGAGACUGAUAACUGUGGAAGAAUGGUUUCCUCAACAUCCUUUCUCUUAA